CCCCACCCACUACAACAUAAAUUGAAAAGAAACCUCCCUCUCUCUCUCCCCUUUUUCUCAUCUCUCUCUCUCUCUCUCUCUCUCUCUCUCUCUCUCUAAAAGGAUCAAGAACCUCUCCAUAUACCCAUCAUCAAAAUUUGGCUUCUGCACAUGAUAACCCAAGACCCACUUUCAGUGAAAUUAUACCCAUAAUACCAAAGAGUAAUGGAGGUGGCAGGCGGCGGCGAUGAUAGGGAAGAUGAGGAGAACAACUGGCCGCCGUGGCUCCGCCGUCUUCUGCAAACAAGCUUCUUCGGUCAAUGCAAACACCACCCCAAUUCCCACAAGAGCGAAUGCAACAUGUAUUGCCUGGACUGCGAUAUCAAAUCCGCCACGAUUACCGGCGGCGGUGAUGGGGCUCUCUGUUCUCUCUGCCUAACCACUUCCCACAAACACCACCGCGCCAUUCAGAUAAGGAGGUCAUCAUACCAUGACGUGAUAAGGGUAUCUGAGAUUCAGAAAUUUGUGGAUAUAACAGGAGGGGUUCAGACCUAUGUGAUUAACAGUGCCAAGAUUGUGUUUCUGAAUGAGAGGCCUCAGCCCGGCGGCAGCCGGCCUAGUAGCAAAGCAGUCGCCAACACAAACUGUUGCGUCGUCUGUCACCGCACUCUUCUUGAUUCCUUCACUUUCUGCUCUCUUUCCUGCAAGCUUGUUGGGUCGUCCAAGAAUUUCCGGAAGAAGAAAUUGGAAAUGGAGAUCAUGGGGAGCUCAGACUCUGAAAAAUCAAUCAAGGGCGUUGGACACGGCGGGCGCCGCCUCAAGAACAAGAUGAUUGAGAGGUUUACGCCGUCGACGCCGCCUCAGACGGCGGCGGUCAACUACAGAGCUGCCAAGAGGAGGAAGGGGAUUCCCCACAGAUCCCCCAUGGGAGGUGCGCUCCUACUACAGUAUUGAUCCACAUAAUUUGGUGCCUUGGUGGUAAUAUCUCCAAGGUGCUUUUUUUUUUUUUAAGUUUUUAUAAUCGAAUACGAUGGCCAGCUUGCGCACGCCAAAGUAAACUUUGUUGCUCGAUAGGAACUAUGUUUUCAACACUACGAGCUUUGUUCAUAGAGGCCGGUGUUGAAUCUCUCGAGUCAAUGCUACUUUCGUCUGUGCGAAUGCAUAUGUUUAGAAUACAACCACGUACAUAAAUAACGCAUGUUAUCGUGGAAUACAUAACAUGGGGUUGGUUUGGGUAAGGAAAAGUUGCAUAUCUGUAGUUAUUCGCGGAUACGUUACGAGUAAAUCUGCCAAAGGACAUGCAAACGGACACGGAGACCAUGUAGUGCAAGUAUGUGCUGAUAUUUAUUAGGAGAUAAAAACAUGUAAGUGGAAGUGCCUGUAACUGUAAGAUAAUGAAAUAAAUGAAAAGAAUACCAUAUCUCAUUUACUGCAA